AAAAAAUGGUUAUAGACCGGGGUCGCUCCAAAAACCCCUGUUUCACAGUCUCAGUUAACACAGUUCUGUAUUUGAGAGAGAGGGGAUGAAGUGUUUGUCUUUGAUCAGUUUGGUUCGCUAUUUGGGUCAUCGUCGAAGCUCCUCUAGGUUUUUAAUUUCACUCUUCUCCACCGAAACCCUAACCUCAUCAUCAUCAUCAUCAUCAUCAUCAUCAUCAUCAUCAUCAUCUUCUUCUUCUUCUUCUUCUUCUUCUUCUUCAGUCGAUUCACUGUAUAAUCGACUUGUACCCUUCCGAGACCCCAAAAUCUCCAUCGUUCCAGUGCUCAAUGCAUGGGCUGAAGAAGGUAGACCCGUUACCAAACAAGAGCUCCAAUCACUCCUUCACCUCAUGAAGAAUUUCAACAGAUUCAAACACGCUUUAGAGAUGUCUCGGUGGAUGUCUGAUCGGCAGUAUUACAAAUUAUCACCAACUGAUGUUGCAGUUAGGUUGGAGCUAAUAUCCAGAGUUUGUGGAUUAGAGCGUGCAGAAAUUUUCUUUAAUAGUAUUUCAACUAACUUGAAAUCAUUCCAUGCAUAUGGUGCUCUUCUCCGUGUAUAUGUUCGAGAGAAAUAUGUGGUGAAAGCUGAAGCCAUAAUGCAGAAAAUGCGAGAAAUGGGUAUGGCUACAACAUCUUUUCCUUACAACAUGAUGAUCAGCCUUUACUCUAAGAUUGGAGAACACAGCAAGAUACACAUGUUGAUACAAGAAAUGGAAAAUCUGGAAAUCCCUUUGGAUAUGUUCACAUUGAAAACCCAAGUAAGUGCUUAUGCAAUGGCAUCUGACAUUUCUAGGAUGGAGAAGAUCCUGAAUCAUAUCGAGGAGGAUCCCUAUUGUAUUGCUGAUUGGGAGGUGUAUUCAGUUGCAGCUAAUGGAUAUCUGAAAGUUGGGUUAAUUGAAAAGGCUUUAACAGUUCUGAAGAAAAUGGAGGGGACAAUGCCUGUUGGUAGAAAAUUGGCUUUUCAGCAUCUUGUUUCUCUCUAUUCCAGCACUGGCCUUAAGGACGAGGUUUACAGAGUUUGGAAUAUACACAGGCCAUUAAAUGAAGUGCAUAAUCCAUCAUAUUCUGUAAUGAUUUCAUCUCUCGCAAAGCUUGAUGAUAUUGAGGGGGCCGAGAAAAUUUUUCAGGAGUGGGAGACCAUAUGCACGUUUUAUGAUUUUCGGGUACUAAAUCGGCUACUUGUUGCAUAUUGCAGGAAAGGACUUUUUGACAAGGCAGAAUUAGCCAUAAGCAAGGCUAUUGAAGGAAGAAGGCCUUUUGCAAGUUCUUGGAUCAUAUUAGCUGUGGGAUAUAUGCAAAACAAGCAAAUGGACAAGGCGGUGGAAAUGCUUAAGAAGGCAUUGUUGGUUGGAAGGACGACGGGAUGGAGACCAAAUCCCAGUACUUUGGAUGCAUUCCUUGAGUAUUUGGAAGGACAAGGGGAUGUGGAAGUGAUGGAGGAAAUCAUAAUGUUACUCGAGGACCCGGGUGCUUUGACCAAGGAUAGUUACAACAGAUUGCUGAGGACUAGUGUCGCAACAGGAAGAUCAAUCUCAUCAGGGGUUCUUGAUCAAAUGAAAAUGAAAGGUUUUACCACUGAUGAAGUAACUCAAUAGUAGUUUGUGAACUGAACCUUCUUCGACUGAAGAAUAUGAAUAUGUGAUCUCACAUUAACUUGAAGAUGGGAACUUUGCUGUGUCGUCUUAGAACAUGCCAGAGUAGUCUCACUGAUUAGUAAGCUGACAUACUCAAUUUUGCUGCGGAGAAUCGGAUUUUGAUUUCAUCUGGAGAAUAUUCUUUUAUUAAUGCCCUUUUAACUUUCUGAAGAGCUAAGGAUGUGUCCCAUUAGAAGAAUUCAGGACUCUAAAGUUGUGUUUUCAGUUCUAGCUUGUACCUUCGUCAUUAUAGUGGCUUCAGUUUAAAUUACUUGUAAGCUAAGAGAAGAUGCUUCUGAUGAUUACUUAUUUCCUAAUCGAACAUCAUUUGGGUGUGUUUAUGCACUAUGUCAAAAAUUAGGUGUGUUUUCAA